AAAUAUUUCAAUUGCUAUGUGGUAUCACUUGUGGUAUGACAAUGCUACGAUAGCCCGUCGGGCAAUCAUUAUUCAAGUCCAAAUUAUAUGAUGUCCAAUGUCGGAAUGUCCAUUAAUCAUUAUGACAUUAUCUUUAAUCGUCAUUUAACAUUUUAACUGGACAACUAACGCCAAACCUGAAAUAUUAUUAUACAAGAAAACAAUAACGAUUGGAAUGUAAAGAAAUAAAAUACAAUAAAUUGAAAACAAAAUAAAUUAACGGAAACCCAAAAAUCAAAAUAAUAUGGAACUAACUACAAAUUUAGAAGCAUUAACCUCAGCAAAUCAUGAGUUUUCUUUUUCUUUGUACAAGGAAAUCGCCAAAACUGAAACAGGAAAUAUUUUCUAUUCACCAUUCAGUAUCCAUGUGAUUAUGUUUGUGGCUAGCACAGGAGCAGAUUCGAAAACAUUUGAUGAAAUAGUAGCCACUAUGCAUCUAAACAAAACUACUCAUUCAAUGGUAGCAUAUAGAAAAUUAUUGGAAGACUUAACAAGUAAAGAUGAUAAUCUGAACCUGGCAACCGGAAUAUUUGUCGACAUAGCUUUCAAUGUUAAAGAUAGUUUUGUUGAAAACUCUAUGAAUUACUUAAAAUCUUCCAUGGAAAAAUUGAGUUUAAAAAAAAACCCAGAACAACAACGCCAAUAUUUAAAUAAUUGGGUUUUAAACAAAACCUAUAACAAAAUUAAAGAUUUAUUUCCCAAAGGCUCCAUUAACGAAGAUACUGCCUUAGUAUUGGUGAAUGCUUUGCAUUUUAAAAGUGAUUGGGCACAUAAAUUUGAUUAUGUUAGAGAUGAUUCUUUUUAUGCGACUCCAAACAACAUAAUAAUAGUGAAAAUGAUGUACCUAAAAAAUGAUCUGCAAUACUAUCAUGAUAGUAUCCUAAAAUUCACCGCACUUGAAUUACCCUAUAAAAAUAAUGAUUUUAAAAUGAUAAUUUUAUUGCCUGAUGCUAAAGAUGGUUUGGAAAUUCUGGAAAAUAACUUGUCAAUAAUUAAUUUGCAUGAAAUUUCAAAUAAUAUGACCCAGAAAUACGUUAAUGUCAAAUUACCUCGUUUCAAAUUAGAACAGUCUGUGCAAUUAGAAAAAACAUUAUCCAAUCUGGGAUGUCCAACAAUGUUUACAUCAGAAGCAAACUUUUCUAACAUCGUUGAAGAUGGUGAACUGUAUGUGAGUAAAGUCUCGCAUAAAGCAUAUAUUGAUGUAGAUGAAAACGGAACUGAAGCGGCAGCAGUUACUGGGCAAGGGAUGCUGUAGCAUACCAGUAUUCCAGCAGCCAGUCCGUGCCUGCUGUGGUAUGGUUUCUUCUAACUUUUUUUUUUUUUUGGUGGGGGGGAGGGGAAUAACAUUAAAUUAUUAAUAUUAUUUCUGUAAGCAUGUAAAUACCUAUUUACUGAUUUAAUCGUUAAUAAGUAAUAUUUUAUAAAACUGAAAUACUGUAUUAUGAUAAUAUUUUUAAAAAAAACAUUCAAUUUACCUUGAG